GUGGUAUGGUCAAGGUUACUAGGCCCACCUUCUUCAGAGGAGAGAAGACGAACAACCUGGAUGUUUGGAUUUCUGAACUCAGGACAUAACUUCAGAUACCCCCAGGCUCAAGUGUUGAUCGCCUCUACGUGGAUGGCAGGCGAUGCAAAGGAAUGGUUGCUGGCUGUGGUGACAGGAGAAAGAGGAGAUGAGAGGGUGGACCAGUGGACAUUUGGCAAGGACUUUGAGCGGUUCCUUGGCCUGGUCAGAUCGUGUUACAAGGAUAAGACCCGUGAUGUCACAACAAUGGGUCAGUUGAUGCAUUUGGACCUCACAAGGUGGUUUUCUGUGGAUGCUCUGGUCAGGAAUAUGGACAACAUCUUGGCAGUCCCCGGUGUAGACUACAGUGAUGCUCAGGCAGUACACAUCUUGCUGCAAUGCCUGCCUGUAGACAUUAAAAAGCAGUUGUUGGAGAGACAUGGGGAUAUGAAGGCUGUUACCUACCACAGCCGGAAGGAUGAGGCCCUAGACCUAGAGGCCAGAAGCCGGCAAGCAGGAAGAGCCAGCACUGGUCUCAGGUAUGCACACCUGAAAAGAGGUAAGUAUUUCGAAGGCAAGAAGAUCAUUGCUGAAGACAAAAAGCAGUCCCACUUAAUGGUGAUUUAUGAUGAUGGGACUUUGGAGGAGCUGGACCACAGCGGCUUGCUCCCGGACUCAGAGGACAGCAGUGGCAGCCAGCAAGCUGCAACUUCAGGUGGAGACUUCACUGCUGAAGAUGUGUGCAGGCUCCUAUCAGUUCUCGAUCCCCGGGAGAGGGAGAUUCUUCGACUGCAUUAUGGGGUUGGGACUAAGGAUGGAAUGCCGAUGACACUGGAGAACAUAAGUCACAGAUAUGGCGUAUCUCGAGAGCGUGUACGACAGGUAGAAACAGCUGCAAUGCGGAAGCUACAGCUGCGGACAAGGAAGAUGCAGCUUGAUCAGUAUCUUCAUCAGGCAUGCACAUGAAAUGGUUGCGAUCAGAAGAUGGCGAUUUCCUCGAUGCUCAAGGGUUUAGGGUUUUACCCUCACCACCCUUUGAGAGUUCUGUCUCUCAGACAACAACACCAUUGGUUUGCAGUGCAAUGACAGGAAUUUCCACCUGUGCCAUGUCAUGUACGUUGCUGCUACAUGUUCAUUCUUCAACUUACAACACUCUGGUUUGUCGGUACAUACUACAUCCAUUUAUACAUACCUGACUGUGUAUAUGAAGUGCAACUUGUGCUCGCCAUGAUACAGCUCUUGCGGAACAUCCACUCCUCGGUAGGGUCUAUAGACUCUAUGCCAUUCAUUACCUGGCACGUGAGUUGUUGCCUACAUGCCUUCCCCCAGCAGGAUGGCGAUACCAUGGCUGCGUUCCACUGAUUGUGUAUGGCCCAACCUGCAGCUGGCCGGCGAUGUGGUUCGGUGGGUUUAUUGUCACGAGUGAAGAAGUGUUUCUCGAUUGCGAACAGGUUACUUAGAGUUACGGUAGUUUAUGACAAUCCAGCAACCAGGAGCCACGUGCAAUUGGACCUGUGUAUAGACAGUACUGCCACGCCUGACAGCAAGUUGAAUGCACGCACAUGCACGUGCAUUCCAUGCCAAUUCACACCAUGCGUGGCAGCCAUCUCAGUGCAUAUGAAGUACCCUGUAACUUAUAACUUCUUUUCGCAGAUGCUGGUUUUGGUGAAAACACUCGUAAUCAUUCCUAAUUGUCCAGCCGUGGUCAUAUCACCAAUGAUGGUGUCAUAUCAAUGUACUUCCUGCUGAAGCAGAGAAUCCAGUCGGAAACUGUGGUGAGGGGAGUGCCUCCCUCACUGCUCUGCCAAUCAAUGGUUUACCCAGUCCAGCAGAGCCACCCAUCGGCUUCUGGGCCUGUUCUCAGUCCAGUUCAGCGCUGCAGUAUCUCGUUCCACAAGUCAACUGCUGCAUAUCUGAUGCAAGUGGCGACAUACCCUAAGGGGCAGGGAUCAAGGAGCUCGCUGACUACUUGUUUGCCGACACUGUCGGUGUUUAUACGUAGAGCUCAAGCUGAUGGGCAUGUUGGUGGGUGUGCUGCCGUUUGUGCAGCGAGUGAGGCACUUACAUUGUAAAUUGAUCGCAAUCAUCAUGAUAGCCGUUUCCGACUGUAGACGGAAAGAACUGGCUUGGUCCAGAGUGGAGCCUGGCCAUGUUAACUAGGCCACUGGGUUGGUUUCUACCUCAGAGCCAAAACAUUACAACUUCAAAUUCCAAAAGUAUUACGUUUGUUUGUGUAAAUGCAAUGUGGUUAUGAGAAGGGAAAGGGGGUUGUGCUGCCAAACGUUUGCCUCAAUUUUAUCAUUCAAUGGCUUUCGCAUGUAUUCAUUGCAUUUGCACAAACAGUGGCUCUUGCAUGUAUUCAUGUGUGAAAUAUGAGAGCCUUUAUGGCAACCUGAUGACGGAGGAGGACACUAUUUAGUGUGGAUAUGCGCAAGGGAGUGAGUGCCAGGGAAAGGAAAGGGAAGUAACAAGGCAGAUGGAUGCAUUUGUAGAUUGCCACCCGUGUGCAGAUGGGACAUCUGGGUGGAUAGACGGAUAGACGGAUGGAAACAUAGAUUGAUAGGUACAUUGAUGGAUACAUAGAUGGAUUGGUAGAUCGUGGGAGGGAGGGAGGGAGGAGAUGACGGGGCCUUCAAAAAGUAAAUAGAUAGAGGGGUA